AUGGGGGCGUUGAAGCCUUGUCCGACCAUGUGUUCCACUUCUCCGCGCCCGUCUAGCCCCAGCAGUUCGUCGCUUCUCCAAACUCGCGUCGGCUCUUCUCCCCACGGGGACCCGCAUCGGCCCGGUAUGAGCGAGCUCGGUGAUGGAGGAUGGCAAACGGUGAUGCCGACGUCCCACGCCGGUAUGAAACGCCUGCCCCAUUCGCAACUUGAGGAGUGCGAGCGCAAAAUUCUGGAAGACUGGGAAGCGUCGCGGCACCACUGGUCUGGCAUAGGAAAGCACCUCCCCCUCGAUGACUUCACCGAAGCGAGAAAGCUCCACGACCGGCUCAAGGUCGCCUGCGACACACCACUCGGCUCCGGAAGUUUUGGCGUCGUGCAGAAAGUUCAGUUUCACUGGAACAACCGAUCAAUAUGCCUGGCGCGGAAGCAGGUCCGGCCGCCAUACCGGAGAUAUCCGAUGUGCCUGUUGCGGGAGGAAGCCAACGUUAUGGAGAGACUCGACCAUGACCAUAUCGUGAAACUCGUCGGGACGUACUGCAUUCAGACAAGUCUCUACCUCCUCCUCUGGCCCGUUGCCGUUUGCAACCUUGACAUUCUACUCAACGACAUCGAUUCCCUCCGAACAAACGACGGUGAUCGCGACGACAUCAUCAACCGACUACAUGCCCUAGGCCUCGGCGACUUUACCGCCAUCGAAGCCCUCCACUCAACUGUUCGGACCUCUACCAACAACGAUAACUGUCCCCUUGAGUACCUGCUCCGAAUCAUGGGAUGCAUCACCCGGGCCGUAGCAUAUUGUCACGGGUCCAAUAUACGCCAUCUCGAUCUCAAGCCCUCCAACAUUCUUCUCAACCCGGGCCGCGUUUACCUCGCCGACUUUGGCAUUGCAAAGGACGUCCACGACCGAGAAAACACCAUGACCAGGGGCCUACAAGGAACCCCGAAGUGGAGGGCCCCGGAGCUGCAUCAAAGCAAGACCGACUGGUCCAUGAAAGCGGCCGACGUCUACUCCCUGGGCUUGAUACUGCUCAACAUUUUCACCGUGGUAUACAACGCGCCCUUGGAUGAGUUCGACGCCCUGCUCGGAGAUGUGUGCGUGGACGGCAGGGCCGAGAAAUUAGAAAAGUUUUUACCCAAGCUUGAGGGUUUGGCCUUGGCGUCGCAGGAGGUGGAUGAUGCCAACGCCCCGACAUUUGGCCCCAAACACAUUGUCGGUUUAGCUUCGAGGAUGGUAUCAAAGGAGCCAGGCUCGAGGCCGGUUAUCUUCCAAGUUGAUUCCGAACUCGUCGAGCUUGGCGGGCUUGACCAAGUUUACCACUUCCAAUGCUGCAAGCGAAGUAGCCGAUUCUUGACGGAACGCAUAAACACCAAACUCAAAGUCGUUGCUGAGGAGCGCGACCGCCUGCGGGUAGAACAUGCGCAAAUGGCUAAGCGUCUGCAGGUCCUAGAAGCCCGGGAUGAGACGUACGAGCGUCGCUUGGAAAACGAACGCAGAACGCAUGCUGAGAACAUCACCAAACUGCAAGCCCAGCUCGACAAGGAGCGGGCCGGGCGGAAAAUGGUCGAUGAGCUCCUCGCCGAGAUGCAACAGAACCGGAAACAGCGCCGCCCUGUUGCCCCCUACCCAUCCGCCAACCUUCCCCCCAUCCAACCUACCCAGCCCAGGCGGCCUCAUGAUGCGAACGCGCCCAAAAUCAAAUCUCCAACCUGCUGUGGCUCCCCAGCAACAGCCACCGGCGACUCAGGUCCAACAGCCGAGUCCCGCCCCGGCAGCAUUAUCUCAAAGACGUCCGCUCUGCCUGCGCCGCUCCGGCGGGACUCUCUCAUCCCGUCGCCAUCUCCAUCCCCAGGCCCCAUCUCCGCUAGUAACCCCAGUCCCGAACUCGCGGGCUUCACGCUCCGGUCCCGCAAAUCCGGUUCACGGCUACCCCUCGCUGUCAACCCCGCGACGCCCAUCCGGACAGGCACACCCAUCAGUCACCAGGAUUUAUCAUCGACGGACAGCACUCAGUAUAGCAUGAGCGACUCCGUCUUCAGCCGCCUCAGUCUUUCCAAGGUCUCGGUGGCGGGGACCAGCGUCCCCGGAACGCCCCCAACGACCCGCAGUCCGGCUGUGGUCAACGGGCGGAGGGAAGAGAGCCCAACCGCGGUGCCAAAGAGCCCCCGCUACGGAGAACCGGGUCCAGAAACGCCUCCCUCGCCCGACAUCCCGCACGGACUGGGCCUCGGGUUGACCGACCGGGAGCGGAGAGAAAGUAUCGUUAGUGGAACCGGCGACGGCGAAAGCAUUCGGGACACAGCGAGCGUGACCAGCUCGGCGGCUUUCCCCCCGUCGGGGACGCUGAGCCCCGUGCUGAGUGGGUCUGCGCUGUCGUCGCCGAGGGCGGCGUAUGCUUCGGCUGACACCGCGCGACGGGACGUACCGUCGUUGCCGACGGCUCAGAGUUGGGCGGAUGUUGCGCGGCGGCAAAGGAAGGGCUGA